CCUGCGGCGGCCACAAGCAAUUCGCACCCCACCCCCUCUCUCCGCUCCCCUCGCAGCCUCCACUCCCCUUCCCUCCGACCCUUCCUUCUCUGUUGCGGCUGGAGGUGCCAGGACCCUCGGCCACAGCCUCCCCUCCCCCGCCGCUCGGGUCCGGCCCUCCCCUCCCCCGCCGCGGCCGGCACAGCCAAUCCCCCGAGCGGCCGCCAACAUGCUCUUUGAGGGCUUGGAGCUGGUGUCGGCGCUGGCCACCCUCGCCGCGUGCCUGGUGUCCGUGACGCUGCUGCUGGCCGUGUCGCAGCAGCUAUGGCAGCUGCGCUGGGCUGCCACCCGCGACAAGAGCUGCAAGCUGCCCAUCCCCAAGGGCUCCAUGGGCUUCCCGCUCAUCGGAGAGACCGGCCACUGGCUGCUACAGGGUUCCGGCUUCCAGUCUUCACGGAGAGAGAAGUAUGGCAAUGUGUUCAAGACGCACUUGCUGGGGCGCCCGCUGAUCCGCGUGACCGGCGCGGAGAACGUGCGCAAGAUCCUCAUGGGCGAGCAUCACCUCGUGAGCACCGAGUGGCCGCGCAGCACGCGCAUGCUGCUGGGCCCCAACACGGUGGCCAACUCCAUCGGCGACAUCCACCGCAACAAGCGCAAGAUCUUUUCCAAGAUCUUCAGCCAUGAGGCCCUGGAGAGCUACCUGCCCAAGAUCCAGCUGGUGAUCCAGGACACACUGCGUGCCUGGAGCAGCCACCCCGAGGCCAUCAACGUGUACCAGGAGGCGCAGAAGCUCACCUUCCGCAUGGCCAUCCGGGUGCUGCUUGGCUUCAGCAUCCCCGAGGAGGACCUCGGCCACCUCUUCGAGGUCUACCAGCAGUUUGUGGAGAAUGUCUUCUCCCUGCCUGUGGACCUGCCCUUCAGCGGCUACCGGCGGGGCAUUCAGGCUCGGCAGAUCCUCCAGAAGGGGCUGGAAAAGGCGAUCCGGGAGAAGCUGCAGUGCACCCAGGGCAAGGACUACUCGGACGCCCUGGACAUCCUCAUUGAGAGCAGCAAGGAGCACGGCAAGGAGAUGACCAUGCAGGAGCUGAAGGACGGGACUCUGGAGCUGAUCUUUGCGGCCUACGCCACCACAGCCAGCGCCAGCACCUCGCUCAUCAUGCAGCUGCUGAAGCACCCAGCCGUGCUGGAGAAGCUGCGGGAGGAGCUGCGGGCCCAGGGCAUCCUGCACAGUGGCGGCUGCCCCUGCGAGGGCACCCUGCGCCUGGACACGCUGAGCGGCCUGCGCUACCUGGACUGCGUCAUCAAGGAGGUCAUGCGCCUGUUCACUCCCAUCUCCGGCGGCUACCGCACUGUGCUGCAGACCUUCGAGCUCGACGGUUUCCAGAUUCCCAAAGGCUGGAGCGUCAUGUACAGCAUCCGCGAUACCCAUGACACAGCGCCCGUGUUCAAAGACGUCACCGUGUUCGACCCUGACCGCUUUAGCCAGGCCCGGAGCGAAGACAAGGACGGCCGCUUCCACUACCUGCCGUUCGGCGGCGGCGUCCGGACCUGCCUGGGCAAGCACCUGGCCAAGCUGUUCCUGAAGGUGCUGGCCGUGGAGCUGGCCAGCACCAGCCGCUUUGAGCUGGCCACCCGGACCUUCCCCCGCAUCACCCUGGUGCCCGUCCUGCACCCUGUGGACGGCCUCAGCGUCAAGUUCUUUGGCCUGGACUCCAACCAGAACAAGAUCCUGCCCGAGACGGAGGCCAUGCUGAGCGCCACCGUCUAGCUGCGCCCCUGCCCAGCACUGGGGCUGGGGUGAGGGGAGGUCAAAACCUGUGUGGGGGAGGGGCUCCGCUUCUCUCCAGUGUCUCCCCACUUCCCACCGGCUUAGCUCCUGAGAGGGCCGGCCAGGCCAGCUCCCUGCAUGCCUGUGACAGUGUUCCAUGUGUCGGCUCAUGCUGCAGUCUGUGCUUGUGACCUUCUGAACCGGCCCCUUCCCUCCCGUUCUCUUCUAGCUGGAAGGCGGGGAAGGGUCUGGGGCACCCCAUCCUGCCUCAACGGCCAGCACCCAGGGUUAGCGAAGGCGUCCGCCCCUCCUGGAGAGGCCCCCCUGCCAGCAUGGACAUUUGCCGUUACCUGUUGCUGCUACUCUUUCCUCCGCUGACCCUGGGCACGGGAGCCCUGGGCCCUGCCCCCAGCAUCCUCCCUGGUGGCCCUGGGCAGGUGCACUGACAGCCCCACUUCCCACAGGCAGGAUCCCACUGCACAGCAGGGGCCCUUGGCUCAUGGGCUGUCUUCCCUUCCUCACCCCGCCCCGGCACGGUAUUUAUUCACUGAUAGAGCUUGGGAGUGAAUAUCCCCUCUGCCCCUUGACCCCUGACCCAGCUGUCCCCAGCAAGACUUACCUUAUUGAUGAGAAAGGGGCUUUGGUCCAGCUCCACCUGGCUCCACACCUUCUAUGGGUUUAACCUCAGAGCCUGGCUGAAACCCAGCACCUCAGCCCAAUGUCCCUGCUGGAGACAGGGAAGUGACCCCCGGUGUCCCCCUCCCCGCUUGUCCUGGCACCACCCCCGAUCACGUGGGUUCGGAGGCGGCUAGGAUUUCCUGCGUGGCACUACCCACCCCAGUGCCCCUCACCCUGCUAGUGCAUACAGGGAAGGAUACGGGUUCGUUCUUCCUCUGCCUUCCCUUCCUUAACCACCCCCCUGCCCGUAGCCCGUGGCAAGGUGUCCCGCAGGUCCCACUGCCUCUGUGCCGCUGUCUGCUGUGGGGCGAGAUGAAAGCCAGGGGACGUGAUGGGAGGGCGUCCUCGCAGGGGAGGCGGCGGGAGCGGAGGAGGCAGGGCACGUGGGACUUGUGGGAAGCCGUGUGGGACCCAGAGCAGCAGCUCUGCCGCCGGGUGCUGGCAUAUGUUGGCUCCCUGGGGGCGGCUGGCGGGGGGUGGGGGGCUUCUGUGAGUUUCGAAGCAACUUUGCCCGUUUUUUGGGUUUUCCUUGGCUUUGCGUGUUUACUGGGUUUUGGUGUGAUAAAAGCAAUGAGUCUUGAUAAGAAAGUGCAAAGGGAGGAGAAUGAGCCCCUGACAGUGGCUGGGGGCGGCUCUGGGGCCCCGCCCCGUGUCCGGUGGGUGGAGCCACUGCCGGGCACCCCCCACACCUGCGCCCCGCGGGAGACUGGGCAGGCAUGGGGGCCACCCCACACAUGGCCCCGUCACCCUCCAUUCGCCCAUGUUUCAUUUGUUUCCUGUUCUUUGACCACUGCAGAAACUGCAGAACAGACAUUGUUGCAAAAGCAGUUCCAAAUUUUCAAAAACCAUCAGUUCCCUCAAUCUUACCCCAUUUCUGAAAAUCGAACAGGCCAAACCGUGUAAAGAUUCACCAACACUUGCAAAAUAGCUGCAUGGGGCACCAGAAGCUGCCACCCAAGAGAAAGCCCAGCUUCUGGAAGGUUCAUUCCACUUGCCCCAGACAAAUCGUUGAAGCGAAAGUUCUAACCAGAGGCCCACCGGGUCUGGCCCUGGUGAGGUCAGGGGGCUCAGGGAGGCCCCUGUGGCCCUCAAGGGGCAGCCAGGCUGGAAGAGGGCCGAGAAGGCAAAGCUGGGGGGAUCCACGUGAGGGAGGAAGGGAGGAUGGUUUGCCCGGCUGGCCCUCAAAGGCAGCAAGGAGAGGACCCGCCAAAGCUCUGGUGUGGCCGCGGCUGGCAGGUGGAGUCCUGGAUGCGACUCCUCCUUCUGGCCCUGGGGCUCCGUGGUGGGGUGUUCGUGUCCGUGUGUCUCUGCGUGUGUGUUCUAUAGACGUAGCAUUAGAUGGGUGAUGUUUUCUCACUUACCAUUCCUAACUAUUGUAACUUGACGUUAAAAAGACAAAACCCCACACAACUCUUCCUGCCAUGGGCUUGCAGAUUAAAAAGCACUUUCGAUGUCGGGCGCUGGUGUUUGUGUCCUGGCCACCACUCCCCCCCACCCCCCGCCCCUGCCCAGAUCGCUAUAAUGUUAUUUUAUACACAAAACUUUUUUUUCAUAAAUGUUAUAAUUUUGUGUCUGUCUUUAUAAACUAUUAUAAGUACUAUUUUUGUUAUAAUUCAAAAUAGAUAUUUAGUAUAAAGUUUUUUGCUGUUAAAUAUUUGUUAUUUAGUAAAAUAUGAAUUUUUUCUCUAUUGUAAACGUGGUUCAAAAUAUUAAUAUGUUUUUAUCACAGUUGUUUUAAUAUUGAAAAAGCACUUGUGUGUUUUGUUUUGAUAUGAGACUGGUGCCGUGUGAGUGUUUUGCUGUCAUGUGGUUUUAGUCUGCAUAUAAUAUUCCAUGUUGCAUAUUAAAAAAAUGAAUGUUGUGCAUUUCGUGAUUUUGGAAAUACUCAGUGUGGCUCUUUUAUAGGCUUCCAUAAUAAACCGUGGGGACUCA